AUCUUCCCUUUCACUUUGUCUGCGCUCAGUGUCCCAAUGUCACAGGCACUGCAAUGGCACACGACUAAAUCAGUCUAAUUGAAGGAGAAGUUGGCAUCCAUUCUCCAACUGAGUGAUCUGUUCCAGUACGUACCUGACAUUUCCCAAAAUAUCUCCACUGACAUUUCCUGCAUGAGCGCCGCUUGUCAAAGGUUCAAGAGGUGAAGAGAAACAUACAGAAAUGGUGUCUCCAUUCCCCAACUUGACGAUGGCCUCGAGCCUCCUGUCGGUGGUGCUAGCUGCCACUGUUAGGAUCCAUGGCGCAACAUUCUGGAUUGUUUCCAUAUCGGGCCCUUCAUUCCCUCCCGCGCACACUGUAAGUAUUCCUUUCUUAGCUGCAUGGAAUGAUCCAAUAGCUAUAGGAUCUUGAGUUAGACUUCUCGCCAUCCCUCCUAUAGAUGCUGAUAUAAUAUCCACUCCAUCAUCGAUGGCUGCAUCGAAUCCUGCUAGGAUGUUUACAUCCUCGCACCCGAUUCCCCAACACACUUUGUAACUUGCUAUACGAGCAGAUGGCACUCCACCACGUGCAGUGCCUUCUCCAAUGCCGUAUAGGCUUGCACCCUCCACAGCUAUGCCAGCUGCGGUGGAUGCUGUGUGGGUGCCGUGCCCUUCAGUGUCCACUGGGGUAGCCUCUUCCGGUGUAAUACGCUGGUUAAUAUCAAAGUAUUGUGCCCCGAUCACCUUUCUGUGAAAGGUUUUAGAGAUUUAUUAGUCGUGAAUCUGAUUCUUCUCUUAAGAGUUUUAGAUAGGAAUGGAACGUACUUGUUGCAACCUGUGAAGUUUACACCUUUUACACAAGUGCCCUUCCAUUUCCUUGGAGGAGGUCCUAACCCUUUAUCGUUGAAACUUUUGGAUUCAAUCCACACACCUUCCAUAAGACAAAUGUAGGAGUAAAUUAGAUGAUAAUCAAAUUCGGGUAGCAAGAAAAGCCACGUCGAAAAUAAUGUUCAUGUGACUGUAGGAAGAAGAAGAGCCCAAGUAGUAGGACUCUAUCAUUUCUUGGUAAUCGAUUAAACUUUGAGACUUAAUGAUAUCAAAAUGGCUCUCGGUGUAUAAUUAGGAACUAGUUGAACUUUAUUUCAAGAAUGAUUUAUUUGCAGUUGUUAGUGAAUACCUGUGUCAAGUAGACCAACUAUUAUAUUGCUCUCGAUGAGAUAAUUUCUCUUCAGUUCUUUACGCACCCCAAUGAAAUCCCACGACCUCGUCGUGAGGAGAUGCUGCACUCUAUUAGGAAAUACUGAGAUAACGCCUUCUUUUUCUGGAAAACACAAGUACACAUUUUGGUAUUUUAGUUGUGGUAGAAAUAUUUGCAAUAAAAUGCGACAAGAGUAACUGUAUAUCAACGUACUGGACAGUAACUCUGCUUCGUGAGGCAGCAGUCGGGCUGCGAACCCAUUGAAGCUUCUUCCGUAGCUAUGUAUCUUACUGUCCCUAGCUAUCUUUUCACUAAAAUUGGUAGGAGGAUGUUUUGUUAGAACACUUACGUUAUAAGAAGUGAUAUAUAAUGGUAGCUGAUUUAAUUUCAGUUAUUUUGAUAUUCGUAUGCUCGGUAUUGGUAUUGCAGUAAUGCUGUGCAUAAUAGUAUAGUAGAGGUGUGAUUUAUUUACUCUCCAAUAGUUUCAGUAAGAAGGCUGUGGUGUGCAUCCAUCAAUAUUGUUCUCUCCUCUUGCACUUCUCCCAUGUACACAAUGUAUACCUGUCACAUACAUAUAUUAUUUGUCAAAUGUGUAUCCACAUGAAUUUACCAUAUUGCAUAAAUGAUUGAAAAUCAAACUGUAAAUAAACAGAGAUAUGAUAAUAUGUACUGUAGGAUGAAAAACGUACCUGUCUUUCAUUGGCACUAGAAGCAAUAGUGAUAGUGGCUGUAUUGAGGCAUAUGCACAAGAAUGUUGCUAAGAAUGGUAGCUUCUGUGAUAACUUCAUCACUCUACUGCCCAUCUCUGUGUCUGUGUUUUACUGCAGGUGUAUAGUGUAACAUUUAUAUAUAUAUAUAUAUAUGUAUAGAUUGUGUGUGUGUGUAUUCCCGGGAAUACAGGUGAGAGAGUAUAUUGCCCAGAAUAAUGGAUGGGAUUGGCGUGACAUGUAAAGAGAUUGUCCACGAGAAGCCCUAAUUCCAUGCAUUGCCACAUUUGAAAGCUUCUUCAGUUCGUUCCCGAUCAAUAAUAGUAUACAGACAUGGCGAGCGAGUGCAGAGCAGAUGUUUUGAUGCUUUGCUCGUUCUGGAAACUUUUGCCUUUCGAUCUCUUGCUGUUCCAUGCAAAGGCUCAACCAAAUGUUUCGGGUAAACCUGUUCGUCCUGGGGAACUCGUUGUUCUGCUUCUCGGAGCAUAAAAUGAAAUGCUGGAGGAGUUGGUUCGAAGAUAUCCGCAUACGCGGAGCUUAUCGAGCUGAUGGAUCCUUCGCAACUCUCUGGGAUUGUUACGAAGCUUCUAUUAGUUUGCUUUGUGGGGCUGCUGGCUUGGGCCUUUCAGGCAGCGGUGCCGCCUCCACCAAAAAUAUGCGGCUCCAAAAACGGUCCUCCAGUUACAGCUUCGAGAAUUCGGCUCAAGGAUGGGCGACAUCUGGCCUACAAAGAAUCAGGUGUUCCCAAGGAAAAUGCAAAGCACAAAAUCGUAUUUGUUCAUGGCUUUGGUUCUUGUAGGCAUGAUGUUUCGUGCAUUACUCAAUACCUGUCCCCUGAAAUCAUUGAGAGCCGCGGACUCUACAUCGUUUCAUUCGACAGACCUGGCUAUGGAGAGAGUGAUCCGCACCCUAAACAAACAUUUAAGAGUAUUGCAUUCGACAUUGAGGAGCUUGCCGAUCAGCUGGGAUUAGGAUCGAAGUUCUACUUGAUUGGAUUCUCCAUGGGUGGAGAGAUUGCCUGGGCUUGCCUCAAUUACAUCCCUCACAGAUUAGCCGGAGCAGCAAUACUCGCGCCAGUGGUGAACUAUUGGUGGCGCGGCUUGCCUUCAAACUUGUCGGGACAAGUAUUCAAUCGGCUGACUCUACCUGACAAGUGGGCGCUUUGCAUCGCUCACUACGCCCCAUGGCUUAUCUAUUGGUGGAACACUCAAAAGCUCUUCCCUCGUCUAUAUUUAAUUGAUCAUAGCCCGAAAAUUUUCUCUCGCCAAGACAUGGAUAUUAUUCAAGAAGGCCAUUCAUUACGAGCAACUUAUCAGUCGCAAGUGAGUCAACAAGGCGAGUUCGAGUCCCUCCAUCGCGAUCUGGCGAUUGGGUUCAGCAGCAAGUGGGAGUUCGAUCCGACGGAGCUGGAGAAUCCAUUUGCGGAUAGUCGAGUGCACCUAUGGCAGGGAGACGAGGACCUUCUUUGCCCCGUCGAGCUGCAGCGCUACAUCGCCGGUCGGCUGCCGUGGAUAGAGUAUCAUGAAGGUCCUCCGGUCACCUCGACGAGAAUACAGCUUAAGGACGGCCGGUAUUUGGCCUACAGAGAAUUUGGCGUUCCGAAGGAAAUUGCAAAGCAUAAAAUCGUUUUUGUUCAUGGUUUCGAUUCGUGUAGGCAUGAUGCUUUAUGCCUAACCGAAGAACUCUGUCCGGAAAUCGCCGAAAGCCAUGGACUCUACUUCGUCUCAUUUGAUAGGCAUGGUCAUGGAGAGAGUGAUCCUAAUCCAAAAUCAUCGAUUAAAACCACGGCAUUUGAUAUUGAGGAGCUUGCUGAUCAGCUAGGAUUAGGAUCUAAAUUCUACGUCGUCGGAUUUUCCAUGGGUGGAGGGAUCGUCUGGACAUGUCUUAAGUAUAUCCCUCACAGAUUGGCUGGAGCAGCUCUACUAGCGCCGGUGGUGAAUUAUUGGUGGCCGGGAGUUCCUUCGAACCUGUCAGGAGAAGCAUACAAGGGGAUGCUUCUGCAGGACCAGUGGGCGCUUCGUGUAGCUCACUACAUGCCUUGGCUUGUCUACUGGUGGAAUACUCAAAAGCUUUUUCCUUGUUUUAGUCUUCUCGAUUUCACUCCUAAAGUUUUUUCUCGCCAUGACUUGGAGCUUAUCCCCAAACUCGUUGCGAGGAGAGAGCGCCUCCAGAUUCAGCCGCAGGUAAGGCAACAAGGCGAGUACGUCUCUGUCCACCGUGAUAUGGCAUUCGGGUUCGGCAGAUGGGAAUUCGACCCCACGGAGCUCACAAAUCCUUUCCCGGAAAAUGAAACCAGCAGAGUGCACCUAUGGCAGGGAGACGAGGAUCUCCUUGUCCCCGUCACACUGCAGCGCGAAAUUGCCCGUCGGCUGCCGUGGAUUCGGUAUCAUGAGGUACCUAGCGUUGGCCACAUGUUUCCAUGCGCCGACGGAAUGCCCGAGAAAAUCAUUCAAUCCCUAGUAGCUUGAAAACGAUCAUUUAUGCGUCGUGUGGACAAUUGGUAUGUGAUGUAUUUAUAUUAUGUUAAUACUCUCUUUAUCCGGUUAGAAAGUAUAUAUAUUUUUAUUA